AGGCAGACUGGACAACAUUAAAUGUCUGAAUAACAGCCAAAGAAGAUAUUAAGGACUGUUUCUGAUCCCAAAGAGUCAUUUUAAGGAAUACUAAAGUCUUAAACUAGAUUAUGUCUGAAAAGCAUCGAAACCUUCCACUUUGGAUGGUUAAAUCCGACGUUCAAAGUAGCAAAGAUAAUGAUGCUAUUAGGAAGAAAACACCUGGGACAACAAACAAGACUGUAAAGAAACAAUGCUUGAAAAGUGUCAUUACGUAUUGGAUGAACGAGAGGGAGCUCGUAGAAUCCGCCCUCAGUUUUUUAAAGAAAGAUGAGGCAUGUGGCAGAACUGCAGUGAAACUCCCAGAGGUGGGAAUAAUCAUUCCAGAGACAGACGCAGAAACAUCAGACUCUGAUGUGCAUGACAGUGUUUUAUACACAGAUUGUGACAUUGCAGAGCAAGAGACCGUCCCAUUUGGGAACUGCAUGGAAGAAAGCACCAGUGCAAAACUGGGAAGUCAUUUGAAACUUCAUCUUGAUGGUUUAGGAACUUCUGAGAAGAAACCACAGCUUGAAGACAUCUCACAGAAACCUGAUGCUGAUGAGGCUCUGGAGCUUGUUCGAGAGAUUUUUUUUACCUGAUUUAUCACAGUGACCCCUAA